UGCAUCCACAACAAACCGAUAAGACACCAAAUAACCUUUCACCCCCAAACAGCCUCCAGUAGCUUCUAAACUUUGUUCAGAGUAACAAACAAACCAAAAUGUUACCCAAGUCUUCAAUAUUUUUAUUAUUUUGUAUUAAAAUUUACGUUUCUGGCCAAGCAAUUGGCACAGAAUGCACUACUCCGGACCAAAAACCCGGAUCUUGCACCAACAUUGACGACUGUCCCUUCCUUCUCAAUCUUCUCAUGAACCACAACUCAAACAACACGGUUCGAACUUACCUAAGGGCUGCCGUUUGCGAAUAUUCGGGGCGCAACCCUGUGGUGUGUUGCCCCAAACAGGCCACAAGUACAAAUACAUCAUCAAAAUUACCCAAAAGUCCAGCCUGUGGCUUUAGCAACAACACGAUCCCGAGAGUGGUCAAUGGAGUGCCAGCAAAACUGGGGGAAUUUCCCUGGAUUGUCGCGCUGGGGUACAGGAACUCAAAGAACCCGGACAUGCCCAAGUGGCUGUGUGGGGGCUCCCUGAUCACUAAAAAACACGUCCUGACGGCCGCGCACUGCGUACACAAUCGGAGAGAUUUAUAUAUUGCUCGUUUGGGCGACCUGGACUUAUACUCAGACGAUGAUGGGGCUACCCCUUCAACUAUAGUUCUGGCUAAAGCGAAAAUUCACCCCGAUUACAACCCCGCCAGAUUUACCAACGACAUUGCAAUUCUCACAUUAAAAGAAACAGUGAAUAAUCCUACCGUAUGGCCCGUUUGUUUGCCAACCAUCGACCCGUACCGCUCCAUGUCUUACCUCAACUUUCAACCGACUUUGGCCGGCUGGGGCUCCAUUUCAUUUAAUGGCCCUUCCAGCUCAACGUUGCAACAAAUUUUCGUCCCCGUGUUAAAUCAGCAACAAUGCGAACGGGCCUUUUCCAGAGUCGCCACAAUCGAUAAUAAAAUUAUUUGUGCUGGUUCUUUGAACGGUGAUAAAGACGCCUGUGGUGGAGAUUCUGGGGGGCCCCUAAUGAACGAAAUCAACGAAGGGUCAAAUUUUCGCAUUUACCAAAUUGGCAUUGUUUCGUACGGCUUCCGGUGCGCCGAACCCGGCUAUCCGGGGGUUUACACAAGAGUCACGGCUUUCGUGGACUGGAUUGAGAAGAAUUUAGAUUAAGUUGUAAUUGUAUUGAUUGUGGAAAUAAAAAAUGAACUGAAAUAAU